AUGCCUGAAAAAUGUGGGUACACAGUGGACGCGAAGUCCCCGAUCCCAGUCUUCGGCGUCCUGGUGGCUGCCUCUCCGGGCGUGGCUCCGGAGACCCUUCGCCAUGCGGCGUCGGUCCUGGCGGAGUUCUUGGACCAGGACCAGGAUGGUGUCGCGGAUGUCCCGGAGGUUACGAGGCAGUUGCAAGAGCACCAGGCGCUGAUUCUCAUUCUUGCUGACGAAGACGAGUACCUCGCCGGAGCUGGCGCCGUCGAAGGCCUCGAGAGCAACGUGAUCAAGAACGACAACCCGCGCUGGAACUGUUCCGUUCGGGACGUGUUCGUGUUCUCCGAGCUUUUCCAGACGGAGACGGGUCAAACAGAUGGCGAGGAUGCAGCUUGGGAGGAACUCUUGCACCUCAUCACCCACGUUGGAUAUGGCUGUGCAUUCCCAGAGAGGUGGGGCUUCCAUGAGCACGAAGAGGCUGAGGGCCGCGCCUCUUCGGAGUUGUCCCGAGCCCUCGACGCGGCUUUGGGCAGCUGCCCGGCCUCCUACACUGGCCGCCAGGGCGAGAAGCGGGCUGAUUGCCACUACUUUUACGAGGACCCCAGCUGCUUUUAUCCGUGGCUUGUGAAUGAGUACCUUUUCCAAGUGUGGCGCACUCGGCAAGGUGGCCGCCCCUGCAGCCCGGCACUUCGACACGAGUACUCCUAUUGCACGCAGGACUUCCGCUUAGCGGCCUUGCCCAUGAAGCUGUUGCGAUACUGUUGCACCCGAGAAUCCGCCGGGGAGUUUCUGUUUUUGCUCCAGGCGGGGUGGCAUGAAUGUAGACACUGGUGUUUGUACAGACGGUCAGAUACACACCAAGCAGCUGAAGAAGGUCGUCAUAGGUCAUAG